CAUAACGAAGGAUCGGUAUAACACCUACAACCGGGUGUUAAGAUCAAAUCAGUUUAGCUUAACCCGAAUACGAUCUCAUAAGGCAUAAGGGACAAUCUAAUAUUAUUUCUAAUCAUGGGACUAACUUACAUCCCGUGGAUGACCUAUCAGAUUCUAAUCUUGAUUCCUGCUCUAUCCUACUCUGUCCCUGAUGUCUGCCCUGAGGUUCCGAGUAUGCAGUGUGAGUUCGUAACGAAAUCUCAACCUUACGGAGAGAAGAUUGAAGAAGUUUGCGAGAAUGUACCCCAGGAGGUGUGUGCAGAAACAUCCCUGGAGAACUGUACAGUGGGGUACACGGAGCAGUGUUCUUUUAUCCCUGUUAAAACCUGUGAACCUGGAGAACUGAAACCAGUUUGCAGGACGGAGAUGACGGAUAAAUGCCAAAUUGUAACAAAAAUAGAGGAAAAAUCAGAAACAAGAGAGGAGUGCAACCUAAUACCGGAGUGUAUUGAUAAUCUAGACUGCAAGAUGGAUAAGGUUUGUCAUAACUCAACAGAGCAAGUUUGUGACGAGGAAAAAACUACAAUUUGUCAAAUUAAAUUGAAAAAAGUUUGUAGUGAAAAAGUUACGGAUGAACCAGAACCCUCUGAAACUUGCUACAAGGAGAAGGUUUGUACCGAUGUAUUCAGGACGGUUUGUGAACCUGAUCCAGGUCUUAGAAUAAAAAGAUCCGCGUAUACAAACUGCAGAACUGAACUGAUCUGCAGAACUAAACUGACGAAGAGCUGUAAGACUACUCCAGAUAUUGUUCGAACCUGUGCCCAGGCUCCUAGAACAGUAUGUACAUCUCCACGAGGACGGUGGGGAGGAGGUUCAUCCUGUAGAUCCGUCCCAGCUCAGGAUUGUGUUGAACGAAAGGUUUAUUGUUUAACAAGACCUGUAAAAUCGUGCAAAAAUGAGAUGGUUUGUGAGGGUCCAACAUCUCCAAGCACUACAACUACUCAGUCCACCUCCAGCACAUCUUCAACUACAUCAACCUCAAGUUCUUCGACUACUCUAACAACUAUAUCACCUACAACUAGAAAAACUACCCAAUCAACAACGGAACCUUCUACACUACCUACUCCAGUAAAUACUGAAGUUCAAUGUCGGGACAUAAAGGAGAAUAGUUGUAAACUAAAACAAGUAUGUAAACCUAUACCUAGAGCUACUCUUAAACCAAUUGAGACUUGUCACAUUGUUCCAAUCAAAACUUGCAGAAAUGAUAUAUCCAUGAUGGUGUGUAAGGAAAAGACUAUUGAAAAAUGUAAAAAUAUUACAAGUCCACCAUGUAAACAAUGUACCCAGAGAAAGGUCUGUAAAAAGGUUGAAAUCAAGGUUCCACACCAAGUUGAAGAUUUAUCCUGUUCUCCAGUUGAGGUUCAGGUUUGCUCAGCUCCUCAACUUAGCUGCUCAGAGACACAGAAGAAAGUUUGUCAACUUGUUCCGAACCAAUGUAAAACUAAUGUCGAAGAAAACUGUCAGGUUUUAAGCACCAGGGUUUGUAAACCCGUGAAAACAAUAUUGUCCCAGCCUGUAGAGGAUAAAGUUUGUAAACUAGUGAUGAUUAAAGCUUGCUAACUGAACAUUUAUAGCUGGAGGGCCCGGCAUUGCCCGUGGAAAAAAAUAAGAAAAAAUAUUUAAAUUUUUUUUAGCCUAUAAUAUGAGUGUCCGCAAAAAUUUCAGCCUAAUCGGUCCAGCCGUUUGGCCGGCCGAUAUAUAUAUAUAUAUAUAUACGAAUGUCUUUUUUAUUAUGUAGAUUUACAAUUGAACAAUGUACAUAAAAACAGAAUCAAAUAGCUUAGCAUAAAAACAAUUUAUUUUGUAAAUAAUAAAAUCAAAUAUAUUAAACUUUUAAUAGAUUUAGGAAAAUAAA